UGGGAAUGUGCUAGACGUGUGGGGAGAGUUGGCGCGCCUCCAAAGGUCUUUAACCCACCGUUUCCGAUUCUCAAGGUCGGACAUCUAGCUACCCCCGGUUGCUAUUCCAAUGUGUUUUACUCUAACUACUGCUCUAAGAGAUUUCAAGUAUUAUGAUGACCCUGGAGACCAGUUUAGAGAUAAUGUGGGCUCAAUGCUUCCCCUCUGGCGGUUCAAAUUUGACAAGGCUCGAAAAGCAGCUAUUACAGCACUGUCAUGGAACCCUCUGUACAGUGACCUGUUUGCUGUGGGUCGUGGUUCUUAUGAGUUCACUGAUCAAGGCAGUGGAGGGUUGAUUUGCUUCCAUUCUCUGAAGAACCCAACCUAUCCUGAGUAUAUCUUUGAGACCCCCAGUGGAGUGAUGUGUUUGGACAUACACCCUGAGCACCCCUACCUAGUGGCCGCAGGGCUCUAUGAUGGCACGGUGCUCGUCUAUGACCUUCAAGAGAACUCUAAAGAGGCCAUCUACAAGGCCACUGCUAACACCGGGAAACAUUCAGACCCUGUCUGGCAGGUGAGCUGGCAGAAAAAUGAUAUGGAUGGCAACCUCAACUUAUACUCUGUAUCUGCUGACGGUCGAGUGGUCACAUGGAAACUGGUCAAAAAUGAGCUUCAAUUCCAAGAUGCUCUUACACUCAAGAACAGUGUCGAGGGGCAGAAAGAUUUCACACUCAGCUCUGGUACAGCGAUUGGAUUCAGUCCAUUUGUUGACCACUUGUUCUUAGUUGGUUCUGAAGAGGGCCAGAUUUACAAGUGCUCUAAAGCCUACACUACCCACUACCUCGACGUGUACAAGGCCCACCACAUGGCAGUACACUCCCACUGCAUCAGCUGGAACCCUUUCCAUCAAAAUGUUUUUGCCUCUUGUGGAGCUGACUGGACAGUCAAAAUAUGGGACCACACUAGAAAGAAUCCAAUGUUCUCCUUUGACCUCAACAAUGUUGUUGGAGACGUGGCAUGGUCGCCAUAUUGCUCUACUGUAUUUGCUGCUGUAACUGCAGGUGGCAAGGCGUAUGUGUUUGACCUCAGUAUCAACAAGUACGAGCCACUCUGCGUCCAAUCAGUGAUUCAGAAAAGGCGCACUAAACUGACUCAUGUGUGCUUCAACCCUGUCUAUCCGAUAGUCAUCAUUGGUGAUGAUAGGGGCACCGUCAUCUGUCUCAAACUCUCUCCUAACCUCCGGAAGACCUCACGGAGAAGAAUCGAACCAAAGACACAGAGGUGGCAAAGAUUGAGAAACUUAUCUCGUUUGUGCGUGAACCACUACUCGAGAAGCAACGGGAAAACUGAUGGAAAGACAAUAGCAUUAUCUUAUAAGUAACGUCUACGUGUACAUACAUAAAAAUUAGACACAUCUUGUACCCUCUACCUGCCAUUGACGCAUAAACGGUGCCCCGCACUGCGUCCAGAAUGCCUUCAACAGCACACGAAGUUGCUAAUAGUUAAUUGAGGCAUGUAAUUUUUUCCCGUGUUUGGGCAUGCCUCGAAUCCCAAACAUGGGUUAAGGGGACACAAAAUUCCCCUUAACUGGGGUUCGUCUUGUUUUUGGCACAUUUAAGGUUUGAGACACUCCUCGAGACUGCAUGUAUUUGGUGGGCUAAUCGAGGGUGUAUAAUUAUAUUACGCUACAGUUAGCACCAAUUAACUUCAUCAUUGAUAUAUAUAUACAUGUAGAUCUAUAGAGUACGUAUUGUCUUGCAGUUCCAUUUAAGGCUCUAGAUCUGUCUGGCAUGCAUUCCAUAUACAUUGUAUAUAUACAAAUUAUUCAGUUCAUCAAUUUAUUCUAGUUAUAGCAUACGUUGUAUUAAUCCUUUUUGAUGUGGCUGAAAAUAAAUUGAAGAUUUGGAAAGCAUGCAUGCAUGUGUGUGAGGUAUGAAAAUAUCCUGUCAAGUGACUGAGAGCUUUCAUGACACAGAAAACAACCAUUCGAAUUGAGAUUGCCAUGGAAACAAAAUACAUGUAUACAAUCAGUAGUUUUAUGUUGGGAUUGUUUGUAAUGUGAUUGCAACUUUUCCAUUUUUAGUGAAAUCCGAGAUAUCUAGCUCGUCGUCGUUAUUUCGUUUGACACACUUUCUUUUACGUCUGCACAAAAGUGAUAUAGUAGUGUAAUGCCACUGUACAUGCAUAAUGAGGAUUAUCAUAGUGGUUAUAAUUAUAAGUUCAUGGAUGUAUACUUAUCUCUGUUUAUUUGGUCUGAGUUGUGGUACAAGGUGUAAACCAUCAUGCAUGUGUGGUGGUACGUAGGUGAAUAAGCAGUGAUGCAAGAUUGUAUACAUCACAGUAAUUAUGCGAGGGCCUGCAUGCAUGGGUUAUAGUCUUACUCACCUGCAAGGUGCACACCAGUUGGAGGAGUUGUCUGGAUGUUUAUCAGGACACCUCUCUCCUUCACUCUCACCCAGGGCACAGCUGUCAGUCGAACCCUCAACUGGAACAACAAAGUACAAGUGAUUUGGACACCCCAAGUACAAUGACUGUGAGCUACCUAACUCG